AUGGACAGUAAGAAACGAGAAAAAUUUCUUACGUGGUACAACCAGCAAGUGUCCUCCAACGCCAUCUUUAACUUCCAAGAAGAGCUGCUGAAAUAUUGUGAGAGUGAUGUUGCAUUAUUAAAAGAAGGUUGUUUGAAAUUUGUCAAAGAAUUCGAAGAAAUUGCUGGCUUUAAUCCUCUCAUUCAAUCCAUUACCAUUGCUGCUGCCUGCAACUACUUUUGGCGUAAGGAAAAGCUAGAAGAGGAUCUCAUUGCCUUAGAACCAAAUGGCGGGUGGCAUGGCAACCAUAUUAAUCAAAGUCAAAUUGCCUUGGAGUGGUUGUACUUCCAGGACCAUCAGAGAGGUGGUAUGGGGCGUGUUCGCCACGUGAGGAACGGGGGUGAGGUGCAAGUGCUUACACCCGCGGAAAGUUAUUAUGUCGAUGGUUUUGAUGAAGAAACAAACACCGUCUUUGAAUUUUACGGGUGCUUCUAUCACGGCUGUCCCCGCUGUUUCAAAUCAGGCCGACAUGCCAAAAACAACUGCCACAAAGACCGCACCAUUGAUGAAGUCUACGACGCCACCCUCAAGAAAGCCGCCAUGCUGCGCCAAGCAGGGUAUACACUUGUAGAAUGCUGGGAAUGUGAGUUUAAUGAGGAAAAGAAGAUCAACCCCCAAUUGAAAGCAUUUUUAGACACCCUGGAAAUGGUACCACCCCUCAACCCUCGUGAAGCCUUUUAUGGAGGACGAACCGGGGCGGUGACCUUGCAUUGCAAAGUAGAAGAGCCUGACCUCAUUAAAUAUGCAGACGUAACCUCCCUUUACCCCUGGGUAAACAAAUACAAGGAAUAUCCCGUCCGUUUUCCUCUCAUUUAUACCAACACCAGGGAUCAGGACAUCCACCAUUAUUUUGGCAUUGCCCAAGUGGAUAUAUUGCCCCCGGAAUUGCUCUAUCAUCCCGUGUUACCCUACCGAGCAGGGAAUAAGCUAACGUUCCCCCUCUGCCGUGCCUGUGUGGAGCAAGAACAGCAAAAGCCAUGGCUGGAACGAACUAAUAUCUGCCCUCACACCGAUGCUGAACGCAUGCUCCGAGGGACGUGGGCCACAAUCGAAUUACAGAAAGCCGUGGAGAAAGGGUACAAGAUAUUAAAAAUUCAUGAAGUAUGGCAUUUCCAGGAAGAAGACAGACGGGUGGGGUUGUUUGCUGACUACGUGAACACGUGGCUCAAAAUAAAGCAGGAAUCUGCAGGCUGGCCGGAGGAGUGUAGGUCCAGGGAAGAGAAGCAAGCCUACAUUCGCGAUUACUACGAGAAAGAGGGCAUUCACCUGGAGCACGUGGCCAAAAAUCCAGGCCGAAAACAAGUGGCGAAACUUAUGCUCAACAGGUAAUGAAUUGUUCAAAAACACUGCAAAUAACAAAUUUAAAUUGCAGACAAAGUCUGCAAUUAACAAACACUCUUUUGAAAAAACAGCAAGCUCCCGUUUGACACAAAAUUAGAAGGAGAUGUAUGAAAAAGUAGCAGACAAAGUCUGCUUGGUAACUACCUUAAAAUGCAGACAAAGUCUGCAUAUUAACAUCCCUCAUUCAUUUGUUUGUUUAUUUUGUUUUGCUAGCUUUUGGGGGAAAUUUGGUGAGAGGAACAACAAGCCCCAAACCCACGUGAUUCAGAGUGCCCACCAGUUGUACUGUCUUCUCAACGACCCCUUGUAUCACAUCAGUAGCGUUCGGAUUUGCACCGAAGAUGUCAUGGAAGUAGUAACCACUCGAGCAGAGGAAGAAGCAGAGCAAAAUCUGAAGACGAAUAUGUUUAUAGCUAUCUACACCACGGCUCAUGCGCGUUUAAAAUUGUAUUCAGCCUUAGAAACCUUGCAAGAAAGAGUGUUAUAUUAUGACACUGAUUCAGUGAUUUACAAAUGGCGCCCCGGGCAGGGAGAAAUUCCCCUGGGUGUUUUUUUGGGGGAUUUUACGGACGAAGUAGAAGGGGACCCUAUUAUUGAAUUUGCGAGUGGUGGGGCGAAAAAUUAUGGGUAUGAAACCAGGGGCGGGAAAGUUGAAUGUAAAGUCAGAGGGUUUUCUCUGAACUACAGAAAUAAGUUGCUUUUAAAUUUUUAUGCUUUACGUGAUAACAUUUUAAAAGAGUUGGAUGACCCCCAAGAGGAAAGGCGAAAUAUCACGUUGGUCGAUAAGAAUUUCUUUGACCGUGACCAAACCAACAAAAGAAUUCGAUUGAUUGAAAGGGAGAAAAAGUAUGGGUUGGUGUUCGAUAAACGAGUGGUCGAUAGGGCCACUCGAAAGUCCUAUCCCUAUGGAUACGCUCGCAUCGGAAGCGAGGUGGACAUGCUAUCAGAGCUAUAA